GUAAAAAGACAGCUCGCAGUAAAUUUACUGUUAGAUGGUUUCAACAUGGCUGACUACGGAAGUAGCAUGCUUUCGAGUGUAACUUGUACGUCUCCUAUCUGUCCUCUCUCAUUAUCAGCUUUUUGGCUUACAGAUAAGCUGAAGAGAAUUGAAGAACAAGGAACACUGCCUUAUGCCACCACAACUCAGGAGAAAAGUGGGCUAGAUGUACUGCUUAUGGUAUUGAAACAAAAGGAGGGUACCCUUACUAAUGUUAAUAAUGGAGAGACUGUUUCAGAUAGUAAGAGGCAGAAGACAAGAAAGAUACAAAAAUCUGCGCCAGUGCACAAUAAUGACGUGUUUUCCACGAUGUUUGGGCCAAAGCGAAGGCAGGCAAAACCACUGCCAGUAGUUCCUGCUGAGAGACAGACAUGCAGCAUUGCAGAAAUGAAAAGGAUACUUGACAUGAAAAGAGAACUUCAAAUCUCCAUAUUGAACGUUUCUUUUGAAGGAGUAGUUUUCUACAAUCAAUGGUCUGCAGAUGCUUGCAGUCUUUGAAUCAUAAGGAUGCCACCGUUUCGGGAAUGCCAAGAGGAAAAUUUGUGCAGAUUUUACACGUAGGUAACCACUAGGUUACGUUGAGUAACUUACAUUGCUUCCAACCAGGUGCGGUAAUGGUUUACAGUUCUUUCUUGAACACAGUGAGUGAGGAAUAUAAGACAACAGCCAGACUUCUGUUUACAAAUCAAAACACAUACAACUCAUGCUUUAUUAUGCGUUGGUUGCGACAAAUAAAACCAUGAAAAUGUCUGCUAAUCCAUUGAGACAUGCUCCGUAGAAGACACCCAUUCAUCAAUACCACAAGACUCAGGACAGACCAUAAAAGAGACCUUGGUUCUACCUGAGACAUUGGGACUUCCUAUAAUUGUAGGAGACAAUUCUGCUUGAGAUAUCAGCUCUUGCUGUACCAGAAGACUCGGUGUCUACCUAAGGGGUGCAGGCAUAGUUAAAAUUCCCUAUGCAUGUGCAGACCAUGAGAAGACAUUGAUUCUACCUGAGAGGUCGGGUCUCAUUACACAGGAACACAAGGCACCAAACACAUAUCUCACAUGAUUUUCUCGAGAUAGGCGUUGAAUGGCACCACUGCAUGAACAACACAUCUUCAUGUCCAUCAGUUAACAGUUUGUGGCAUAGUGGCUAAUGGACCUGUCACCACAUAUUUGAGUGCUGUGGGUUUGAAUCUCGGCUCAACAUUUUUUGUCACCCUUUUUCCUCUGUGUUGCAUACAUAUCUUUCAGAUGCACCUGUCUCUGUCUUGUUAUAGAUUUAUGUGAAGUCAUCUGAUGAUGAUGGGAAGGCAAUAUCCACAAAAAGAAAAAAAAACCAUGAAAGUUGGUGGUUACAAAGAGCUCAGUUGGAGCCCAAGUUCUUAGUGGCUCAGCCAUCAUCUUGCCAAUGCAGGCAGUGCUGCUGUCAAGGGUAAAUGCCCACAGAUACUCAUCAUUAUCUACAUGCACUUUUUUCACCAAAUCCUUUUGUGCUCUAUAUGCACUCAAAUUAAACUACAUCAAAACUUCUUGUGGUUCUUAUGCACUUACAAGCAAAUGAACUGCAACACUGAUAGCAGCUUUGUGACUGAAGGAGUGGAUGUUGUUGAACCUUUGCAUAUGGAAUCAUUCUAAGGAGCAGGGUGAAGGUUCUUUCUGUGAACUUGCCUUCAGUAAUAUUUUGGUGCUAGUGGGCGAUUUCUUCUUGCUUUGCUGAUGCCAAGAAAGAAAUAGAAUACCUGUAAAGUUCUGCAUAGUAAGAAUGAUUUUUUGAGACAGAGGACCAUGCCCUGUAUACAGUAAAUUUAUAUAUAUAUAUCUUUAAUCUUUUACAGCAUUGCACAUAAUUGUUGAUUUGUGUGGCAUGAAUCUGAAUCCUGAGGUUUUCAAGUGGAUGCUCACGAUUUUACUGCACCCUUAAUUAAUAUGUGAUCCUUUCUUUCCCAUUAGAUGAAGCCUUGACCAUGCCUCUCCCUACAUCUCAAUGAGAUGUUGGCAAGUUUUAUAUUGGGCUCUGCUAUGAGCAGCAUGUCUUCCAUAUCCAUCUGUUCCCUCACUUUGCAAGUUGUGCUCACCCUCUUCCAGCAGGGCAUGCUGGAUCCCAACUAUCAGGUUGGAUCACUAAAGAAAACUGUUAGGCACUUUGAGAUGCACAAAUCUGGUGUAGAACUUUCCGGGCCUCGAUCUUAUUUGAGAGGUGCAUGAGAUUAAGGAAAAGGGGGAGGGAUAUGUGAUGCAUAUAUGUGCACACAUAUGCAUGUCUUUUAUGUGUUAAAAUAAUUGAAACAUACGUUGAUUGAUCUGGUUUCCCAACCAUUUUCCAGGUGGUCUUUGAAUGUCAAGCAGUCUGAAGUUUAAUGUUCAUGCUGUUGCAUUGUUCACUAGCAAUGACAUACAGGACUGGGAGGACUCUGGGUAUAAAAGAAAGGUAGGUGAAUCAGAUAGUGAUGACAAUCAUUAGCACCACAAGGCCUUUUUUUUUCAUCAAGACAUCAGCGUGAGAGAUCGGAUAGUAAAAGGUAGGCCAUCCCAGUCUAGAGACAGGCAACAAACGUUACUUACACAGGCCUUUCUUGUCAAACAAGGCGACAAUGCUGCUAUUGUAGAAAGACUCGAGGCCUUACAGAAAACGACCGAUUCGAUGAAACAACUGAUAGAAAACAGCAGAUGUUCACUUGCUGAGCAAAUUGAUAAAAAAAUAGAAAUUCUUACAAGCACUUUGUUUGAGUUAAGAACUGAAAACGAUCAUCUAAAAAAAAUCUUAGAACAAACGCAAAAACAAGUAAAAAGCUUGGAGGAAGAAUCACAAAGUUUGAGAGUACAAUGUGCAGAACAGAAGGAACAAAUCAACGUGCUGGAACAGUACUCACGACGUGAAUCCAUACGUGUGUUAGGGAUACAGGGAGACAGGAAAGAAGAAAUACCUGCAGAAUGUGAAAAAAAUAUACUGCAUAUGAUUCAGCAUGUGCUUGGUUUGACAGAUAUUGAUAGUGCCAAAAUUUCGACACUUCAUCGAGUGGGGAGAGUGAUGACAAACGAACCUCGACCAGUGAUCAUAAAAUUCGUGUCGCGCAAGGACAGAGAUCAGGUUAUCAAAACAAGAAACAGACUUAAGGGCUCAAAUGUUGUCAUCACAGAAGACCUGACUAAAUUAAAUUUACAAAGACUAAAUCGUCUGCGGCAACACGAUGGAGUGUUAGAUGCCUGGUCAGCGGCAGGAGGUCGUUUAUUCGUUAAACUGAUAGACCUAUCAAUAAUGGAAAUCAAAAACGGUGACACAAACCCUAUAGAGAAGAAACUGCUGGGGGUUACAAGAGAGCAACAGCGACAAAGCAGGGAACCAAAUAGACAACAGCGAUAUCGUCAGGGGGAGCAACAACGGCAGCAAGACCAAAGACAACACCAUCAGAGGUCAGGACAGAUGGGGGACGACCGUCAUGGGGCCUCACCGUCACGUUCCCACUUCUCCCCUACCACCUAUUCGACGCCUUCAACUACCUGGAUACAUGCGCCGAAACCUGUGUUAGAGACAGAUAUGGUCCUCCAUCAGCAUGACACUAACAAGGAACAGCAGCCUUCCGCAAGUGAUGUGAGCAACAUUGAUAUGGAAAACACAAGCAGAACAUUGGAUAAUCCACUUGUGUAAUUGUGAAACACUAAUGACAAAAAUCAGUAGAUAUUCGGUAUGUAGAAACUGAUAAUUCAUGGAUAUAUUUGAUUUCCCCUCAAAACCAAUGUGUACUGGUAAGUAACUUUCAUAUAUAUAUAUGUUCUGUACUCUUUGAGACCUUAAUAAGGGGAGUGAAGAAGCUAGUAGGAAUACGCAGAGCCAAGGAUGGGUUACCUUUUUUUUUUUUUUUAAAAAUAACCCAUCCUUUGAAAUUCUCUCUAUUAAAUAAAAAAGUAAGAGACAGUUAUUAGAGCAUUUAAAUUCUAAACUUCAUGAAUUUUUACUACUUAGAAUUGAGUGUGCUUUCUUUCCCCCCUCCCAUGUACUCGCAUCAAGAUAAAGUAUGCAGCCGUAAAUAAAGGUAGAGCUUAUGCACAGCAAAAAGCUCACCGACGUAAACAUAGAUGCACAGCGGGACCUUUAUGUCAUCCCUUUCUAUAACAAUAUGCAUCAUCGACAUCAAUACAUCUGUGAAUACCGCUCAUGGCAAAAUGCUGUGGCCUUGCUGCGCCACCGUGCCAGCCUUUUUGUUUGUUGUUACAUGUUGUUGCUCUGUACUUUGUUACCUUUUACUUUCGGAAGAGGAAACAGUCUAAUUAUGACUCUUUGGGCAGUCUAGUUUGUUUGGUUUUUUUUUUUUCCUAAUUAAAAAUAAUGGAUAAGUUAACUAUAUGUUCUAUGAAUUGUCGAGGCUUGGGAGACCCGAAAAAAAGAGAUGAUAUUCUCCAUUUCCUUAAAGAAAAAAAAUACAACGUAUACUGUAUUCAAGAAACUCAUUUUACUAAAAAAAAAAUAGAACAUAUUGUCAAAGCAAAAUGGGGAUAUGAUGUUUACUUUAAUUCUCACAGUUCAAACACUAAGGGUCUGGCAAUAUUAAUCAAUAAUAACUUCGAAUACAAAUACAAAGAUCUAUACAAUGAUCCAGCUGGAAACUUUAUGAUUUUAAAAGUGGGCAUUGAUGACUCUGAUUAUCUGCUAGUUAACCUUCAUGGCCCAAAUACUGAUAGUCCAGCUUAUUACAGUGAACUUAAAGAAAAGCUGCAUAAUCGAGAAAAAGUCUAUGUCAUCAUGACUGGUGAUUGGAACCUGGUGUUAAACCCAACUCUUGAUUAUUACAACUAUAAAAGAAUAAAUAAUCCCAAUUCGAGGAAAAUAGUAAAAAGCAUUAUUGAAGAGUUUAAUCUAGUUGAUAUUUGGAGAGAGAUGCAUUCUGAGACUAAAGGUUUCACUUGGCGGAAGAGACACCCACUACAACAGGCUAGGUUAGACUUCUUUCUGAUAUCAGAAACAUUAGCCGGGGAAGUUACUUCAGCAAAAAUAGAACCAUCUUAUAGAUCUGACCAUUCCCCUAUAAUGAUAUCACUUCAGCUAGGAAAAAAUCAUGGAAAAUGCAAGACAUUCUGGAAGUUUAAUAAAUCCCUUCUUAAAGAUGAGGAGUACAUACAAUUAGCCAAGAAGGUUAUUAGCGAGACUAGAGAACAAUAUACAGCUUUACCAUAUUGUCGUGAAUCACUUGACUCCAUUUCUCCUUCUGAUCUUCACCUCCAAAUAAGUGAUCAACUUUUUUUUGAAAUGUUACUUUUACAGAUUAGGGGAGCCAGUAUAGCUUAUGCAUCUGCCAAAAAGAAGAAGCAGAUUACAAGAGAGAAAGAGCUAAAACAACAAAUAAAUAACAUAGAAGAAAACAUGACUGUCUAUUAUUUUUAAUUUUGUUGAAAGAGAAUGGAAAGUAUGGACAAAUGUGUGCAUUUCAUGACUGCCCAUUUUAAUAUAAUGGCAUAAAUGAGGGGCUUCAUUUUAAAGAUCAAGAGAAAAAAAAAAGUGAUUUUUGUUGCCUGAUAUGCUUGUCCUUAACUUUGACGGGAGAAAUACCUGUUUUCUUCAGCACUGUAUUUAAUUCCUGACCUAACUGAUAAAAUAUGUAUAAUUGUCAUGUAAAACUUGUGAGGUGUGUCUGACUUUUAAUUUUUGAAAUUUUGUAAAAAUUAAGUAAUGCAUUUUUCUGUCAAGUUUUUUUCCUCUCUUUUAUUAUGCACUCGACAUGGGCUGGCACACUGAAUCUAAUUUAAGAGGAGUGGCAACAAUAAAAGAUUAUAUUAUA